GACAGGGCCUCUCUACAGGAAGUGUAGGAGCCCGUGGGUUGGUGAGAUAGAUGGGGUACCAUCAGAAAGACAGACACUGAUGCGGAAGCCUCCCAGGCAGGGUGGGAGCCCAGGGUUGAGGGCGCUGCUGACUGCUCUGUCUGAAGACAGGGCCUGUCUUGUGGAAGACAGCACUCCCGCCCUGCUGACCCCCAAGCACUGGGCAGGAGGGCCUGUCACUGGAUCCCGAAAGAAGUCGACAACCAGGACCAGUUGCUGGGACCAGUCAUUUCCAGACCCCAGGACUAGGGCAUAGACCUCGUCUGUCAGGGAAUGGAAAGAGGAGGCAGCGGGGGCCCUGGGGCCGCCUGUGCACAGCAUUCCACCUCCUGCCACUCUCUCCCCAGGUACCUGGCCAAGCUGUCAUCGGUGGGGAGCAUCUCGGAGGAGGAAACGUGCGAGAAGCUCAAGGGUCUGAUCCAGAGGCAAGUGCAGAUGUGCAAGCGGAACCUGGAGGUGAUGGACUCAGUGCGCCGCGGCGCCCAGCUCGCCAUUGAGGAGUGCCAGUACCAGUUCCGGAACCGGCGCUGGAACUGCUCCACGCUCGACUCCCUGCCAGUCUUCGGCAAGGUGGUAACACAAGGGACACGAGAGGCGGCCUUCGUGUAUGCCAUCUCUUCAGCAGGUGUGGCCUUUGCGGUGACACGGGCGUGCAGCAGUGGGGAGCUGGAAAAGUGUGGCUGUGACCGGACAGUGCAUGGUGUCAGCCCGCAGGGCUUCCAGUGGUCAGGAUGCUCGGACAACAUUGCCUACGGCGUGGCCUUCUCACAGUCGUUUGUGGACGUGCGGGAGAGGAGCAAAGGGGCCUCGUCCAGCCGGGCCCUCAUGAACCUCCACAACAAUGAGGCUGGCAGGAAGGCUAUCUUGUCACACAUGCGGGUGGAGUGCAAGUGCCACGGGGUGUCAGGCUCCUGCGAGGUAAAGACGUGUUGGCGGGCCUGCCACCCUUCCGCCAGGUGGGCCAUGCACUGAAGGAGAAGUUUGAUGGUGCCACUGAGGUGGAGCCACGUCGUGUGGGCUCCUCCAGGGCGCUGGUGCCGCGCAACGCACAGUUCAAGCCACAUACAGAUGAGGACCUGGUGUACUUGGAGCCCAGCCCGGACUUCUGUGAGCAGGACAUACGCAGUGGCGUGCUGGGCACAAGAGGUCGUACGUGCAACAAGACAUCCAAAGCCAUUGACGGCUGCGAGCUGCUGUGCUGUGGCCGCGGCUUCCACACAGCCCAGGUUGAGCUGGCUGAACGCUGCAGCUGCAAAUUCCACUGGUGCUGCUUCGUCAAGUGCCGGCAGUGCCAGCGGCUCGUAGAGUUGCACACAUGCCGAUGACUGCCUGCCUGGCCACAUGCCCCAACCACCUAGUGGCCCAGGGAAGGCCGAUAAUUUAAACAGUCCCCACCACCUGCCCCAAAAGAUACUGGUUGUAUUUUUUGUUUUGGUUUGGUUUUUGGGUCCUCAUGUUAUUUAUUGCCAAAACCAGGCAGGCGACCCCAAGGUCACCAACCAGGGUCUCUCUGAAGCCUGGGCCUUUGUGGCUGCCACAGACCAAAGGGACCUUGCUUAUGCCUCUGGCUGUCACAUGGGCGCUGCUGACCACUCCCUUGUUAUCUGUACCCGUUCUUCUACUUGCAAAUUUAAGGUGGGUAACAAGGAGUGUUACAGCCACAUGGCUACUGGCCCUGCCAUCUAGGAAAGGGAGGUGGCCCUGUGGCAGGGAAAAAUCAGUGCCAUCACGAUGCAAGUUACACCACCCGCACCUGCAACCCCCAGAAAAAAAAGUUUACAACUCUCCACCCCCACACAUACACACACUCUCAGCAGCUUGAGCCUGGUAGCCUUGCGUCUCAAGCCCUUGGAAAAGGAAUGAGCAGAUACCAGGUCAAAGGCAAAGGGUUCAUUUCAGCCCUCAUAUGGGCAGCUGGAGGUCCAAUCUGUGGUACCUUCCAGGCAGGAAGAACAGGUGAGGUGAGGGCAAGAGAAGGCAACAGUUCCACCCAGAGCUCAGCCACCGUAGCCACCCCCUCGAAGGCGGAACCCCUUCCAAGUUCCUCCCAGGCAGGAGUACAGGCUACCAUCCUGGGUUAGAGAUCCUAGUGGGGCCUUGCAGUGAUGCCCCCAUCUGAGUCACUUUCUCACAAUGCUGCUCCUCUGUGAACCUGACAAAGGAAAGGAAAUCACACACACAGAGGAAAGGCGGUAUAAAAACUCCUCUCCCAACCAUAU